AGACCAUGGUGCACUGUGCGGGCUGCAAAAGGCCCAUCCUGGACCGUUUCCUCUUGAACGUGUUGGACAGGGCCUGGCACGUCAAGUGCGUCCAGUGCUGUGAAUGUAAAUGCAACCUGACCGAGAAGUGCUUCUCCCGGGAAGGCAAGCUCUACUGUAAAAACGACUUCUUCCGAUGUUUCGGUACCAAAUGCGCGGGGUGUGCGCAGGGCAUCUCUCCAAGCGAUCUGGUUCGGAGAGCGCGAAGCAAAGUGUUUCACCUCAACUGCUUCACCUGCAUGAUGUGUAACAAGCAGCUUUCCACCGGCGAGGAGCUCUACAUCAUCGACGAGAACAAGUUCGUUUGUAAAGAGGAUUACCUGAGUAACAGCAGUGUCGCCAAAGAGAACAGCCUCCACUCUGCCACUACAGGCAGUGACCCUAGUUUAUCUCCGGAUUCCCAAGACCCAUCGCAGGAUGAUGCCAAGGACUCUGAAAGUGCCAACGUGUCGGACAAGGAAGGUGGAAGCAACGAAAACGAUGACCAGAACCUCGGUGCCAAGCGCAGGGGACCCCGAACCACGAUCAAAGCCAAGCAGCUGGAGACGUUGAAGGCAGCCUUUGCAGCUACACCCAAGCCCACACGCCAUAUCCGUGAGCAACUGGCCCAGGAGACUGGCCUCAACAUGCGGGUCAUCCAGGUCUGGUUCCAGAAUCGACGUUCCAAGGAGCGGAGAAUGAAGCAGCUAAGUGCGCUGGGCGCGCGGCGCCACGCCUUUUUCCGCAGUCCCCGCCGGAUGCGGCCGCUGGUGGACCGCCUGGAGCCGGGCGAGCUCAUUCCCAACGGCCCCUUCUCCUUUUACGGAGACUACCAGAGCGAGUACUAUGGUCCCGGAGGCAACUACGACUUCUUCCCGCAAGGACCGCCGUCCUCGCAGGCCCAGACGCCAGUGGACCUUCCCUUUGUGCCAUCAUCUGGGCCUUCGGGGACGCCGCUGGGAGGUCUGGACCACCCGCUGCCUGGCCACCACCCUUCCAGCGAGGCGCAGCGAUUCACCGACAUCCUCGCACAUCCCCCAGGGGACUCGCCUAGUCCUGAGCCCAGCCUGCCCGGGCCUCUCCAUUCCAUGUCAGCGGAGGUCUUCGGGCCCAGUCCACCCUUCUCAUCUCUGUCCGUCAACGGCGGGGCCAGCUACGGGAACCACCUGUCCCAUCCUCCUGAAAUGAACGAGGCAGCCGUGUGGUAGCGGGGCCUCGCAUGGGCCACGGGAUCUCGUGGUUGUACAGAGACGAGCUUUUAUUUAAGAAAAAUAGGGGGGAAAAACACAUAAAAAGCAAGCCUCCUGCUCCACUUCCUCCAGCCUCGGGGACCAUUCUCAGUUUGGGGAGACUGGAUGGCAAAAAAGGGGUCCCAAAUAGGAUCCAAACCCGCCUCACGGUAGAGCUGGGAUAUCCACACACAUGCGCUGGCUGGCAAAACGCAGAACUGGGGCUCCAAAGGGGAAUUCUCAGCUAUCCCCGACUUCAACCUGGGUCUGGAUCCGUGGACAGACUCCGCCGGCGGUUCCUCCGGCCAGCGGGAAGACAUCUUCGACAGCUGCAGCCUCGCACAGUCCUGGGCAAUGCCAGGGGCGUGAGGAGGAAAACCUAGAGGCGCUCAGCGGGGUGAGGGAGGAGAAGCUGUCUGGGGCGUUCCAGUCAAGAGGGUCCUAGUUCUAGGAGAUCUUCUUAGUGUUGUCUCAGAGUUCAGCGGCGACAACAAACUUAAUAGCUUCAGAAACACCGACCUGCUGUGCAUCAGCCACUAGAGCCAGAGUGAUUGACAGGUUUGAUGAAGGGGAAGAGGAGGAAGGUGAUCUGGCAGUGAGUAGCAUUAGAAAAUUGGCAUCAUCCUCCCUCUUGGACAC